AUGACUGCCAUGGGUGUCAGUAAAGAAGUAGUCGAUAUGGUUCAAAAAGCUAAAACUGUCUACAAAAAUAUUCAACAAAUUCAACAAGGUGUGUCAGCUCUGAUGAAAGCAACAACACUAGCUUCGAAAGCGGCGCAGAUUAGUUCAAUUGCAUCAGCUGCAUUAACAUUGCUCAGUGAACUUAUACCUAAUUUGCCGGAAUCUGUCAAAACAGCUAUUGAUAUAAUUAGUGGAAUUGCUCUACUAUUAACCGCUACAAACCCUGUUGGACUUGUAUUAGCAGCAAUUGGCUUAGUAUUCUCUCUCUGCAAGCUAUUUAGUGGAAUGGGAGGUGGAGGCAGUGGUGGUAGUGCCAGCGCCAAUGGUAAAGGAGGAAAUAGUGGUGGUGCUGGUGGAGGUAGCGGUGGAAGUUCCAACGGUAGUAGCAGCGGUACUAGUUCAAACACCGGAAAAGGUAGUGGUGGUGCUGGUGGAGGUAGAGGUGGAAGUUCCAGUGAUAGUAGUAGCGGUACUAGUGCAAGCACCGGUAAAGGUAGUGGUGGUGCUGGUGGAAGCGGCGGAAGUGGUGGAGGAAGUGAUGGUACCAGCGCCAAUGGUAAAGGAGGAAGAAGUGGUGCUGCUGGUGGAGGUAGC